AUGGAAAUAACUCAUAAUUCUGUUGCAAUCAUCGGUGCAGGCCCCAGUGGAUUGGCAGCAUGCAAAUCUACUUUAGAGGUAGGUCUUUCUCCGACUGUUUUCGAAAAAGCUUCACAUUUAGGCGGUCUCUGAAAAGGCCACCAAGGAAUCUGAGACAAAAUGUUAACAAAUCUUUCAAAAUUUUCUUGCUCAUUUUCUGAUUUUCCUUGGGAUGAUAACUCUCCUAUGUUUCCCAACCAAGAAGAAUUGCUUUCAUAUCUCCUCCGCUAUGCAGAUCAUUUUAAUCUUCAUUCUUAUAUUCUUUACAACAGAGAGGUUAAAAAUCUAUAUAAACGCCGAGAUAAAUGGACUGUAGUCACAGAGCAUGAAUCAGCGGAGUUUGACUUUGUUAUCAUAGCCACUGGGAUAUAGUAAUUGCCCGAGGAUGGCGCUAUCUUGCGCCAUCCUCGGGCAAUUCAAAAAUAGCCCCACACCGGGAAUUGAACCCACGUGUGGGGCCAUUUUUGGUUAGUGGAGAACAUCGACUUCCACGCACCAAAAAUGGCCGCACAAGUGGGUUUGAUUCCCGGUGUGGGGCCAUUUUUUAAAUUGCCCGAGGAUGGCGCAAGAUAGCGCCAUCCUCGGGCAAUUACAAUAUUCUCCAAACCUCAUUAUCCAGAUAUCAAAGGAAUUGAAAAAUUUUCUAUAUAUCACAGUGUGAGUCACAGUCAUGAUUAUUGGAGAAAUUAUGAAUUAUCUGGCAAAAAAGUUGUGGUAGUUGGAGGGUCUUUUAGUGGAGCUGAAAUUGCUAGUGACAUUUCUAAAGUAGCAGGAGAGGUGCAUAACAUAAUAAAGUAUCCUUUAUGGGUUGCUCCAAGAUAUUUUCCGCCUAAUAAUAUACCAGUUGAUUUAUGCUUUUACUCAAGAGCUGCUAGUGCUUUUAAAAAAACGAGAGAAGCAAAAAUCAAUAACAGAGCAAGAAAUCAAUAUUUCAGCGGAAUUUUAGAGAAACAAGGAAAGAUUUGUCCAGAUCUUUAUAUAGAUCCAAAUAGCGAAGCUGAAUCAUAUUUAAUAAUAAGUGAUAGCUAUAUCGCAGAUAUAGAGAGCGGGAAGAUAUUUAUUCAUAAAGCAGAAAUCUUGGAAUUUGAUGAGCAAGGAAUAAUAAUUAAUGAACGUGACGAAAUAAAGCGUAUUAAUUGUGAUGCAGUCGUUUUUUGCACAGGAUUUGAGCCGAAUCUUGAUUUUUUAUAUUCUAGCAUAGCAGAUAAUAUCGGAUAUAACCCAAAAAAUCUACUUCAGCCAAUUUUGCUGUAUAAAAGCACUUUUUCUACUUAUGAUCCAACUAUAGCGUUUGCUGGAGUGUACCGUGGGUCUUAUUUUGCCAUUAUGGAACUUCAAAGUAGAUGGGCAGUAAUGGUAUUUGCAGGGAUGCUCUCACCAAUCGAUGAGGAAGCUUUGCAAAAAGGGAUACAAGAAGAAAUUGAAAUAAAAAACAAGAGGCCUACUCCUCAAUUUCCUCACCCAGAUUAUGUGAGUUUUGCUGAUAGUAUAGCUAAAGAAAUUGGAGCAUUGCCAAAUCUUGAAGAAAGCGAUCCAUUGUAUUCAGCGUUGUGAAAUGGGCCCUUGAUUCCAGCUCAUUACAGACUUUGCGGUCCUUUUAGCAAUCCAGAUCUAGCGAAACAGACAAUUAAGAGUGCACUGAUUGCCUGUGAGCGAGAAAAUCUAUGGAAUGAUGCAUUCAAUAAAUAA